AUCAACGAUUUAGUCCCUAAAAAUACCUUAAACACUCCAGAACAGAACAUUCAUUAUACAGUACCUAAAACACAAUAAAACACAAAAAACUUAAUAAAUAAAAUUAAAAUUUUUAAUCAAACAACAACAAAAAAGAGAGAAUAAAUUCUUAAAAUUAACUUAUUAACAAAUAAGUGCCUUGACAUAAUAUUAACAAAAAAAAAAAAAUUAACAAAAAGUAAAUUUAAAAUACGGAAGUUAACUUGUGUAUCUCGAAAACACCAGAAUAAAUUUUUAAAAAACGGCCUAAAAAUCCCCAAAAAAAAAACCCGUCAGCAGGAUUCUAACAGCAGCUUUACCUAAAUACAAAAAAAAAAUCAAUAAUUUUCGUCAAAGGAAUAAAUCCAAACCAACCACCUCUCUUGGCACAAUCAAACAAAUUUUUAAGGCGAAGGAUAUAUUUUUCAAUGCCAUCACACUCCGACUGACUGACGGGUGUGAGGUGCAUUGCGUAUUUCGAGCCGUUACGACACACUCUAUAAUAUUGAAAAUUGAACUUGAAGGUUGUUUUUUUUUUUGGAUUUUUCUGUUUCGGUUUUAAUUAUAAAACAUAUCGCUGGUGUAACCACGAUGAUGGUCGUGAUGAUGGUUGGGACCGUUUUUAAUGAAAAGUGUUGUGUGUCUGCGGCGUAAAUGAAAAGCGCCACUACCUUUUUUUUUUUUUUAUUAAAUAUUGAAUUUUUCAUCCUGACCCAUUGACCGGAAGAGAAAAACAGCUAGCAGCAUGGUGGACCUAAAUAUACCGCCAACACCCCCUAUGGGGGAGAGUUCCAAAAUCAAAAGCCUAAUGGGACGGACACCUGGAAUACUCAAGUCGAAAUUCCUCACUGUUCUCGGCAAUAGCAAUGAGCUGCUCAAUGGGAUUUCAAAUAGACUGACACUUAGUAUAAGUUCCAGUGACUCAGAUUACUGUGACGAUGAUGAGGAAGAAGUUCCUCAAUAUGACGAGACAAUAGAUUAUACAAAAAUUGAUUUUGAAUCGAGGAGAGUUAAGGCACGUCGUGCUCAUGAAGAAAUUAUUUCUGGCCGAUAUCGUCAUCCCAAUUGGGAGCCCAAGGCCAGAUUGGAUACAGGUACAGCAGCUGCCCAGACAAAACCCUCAUCAUCAUCAUCAAGUUCAAGUGGUGGGUCGAUGGGUGGUGGCAAUGGUGGCAGAGUUGGUGGUCGUGGUGCUUUAUUAAACAAAUCCCGUUGCAUUUCUAUCGAUUCUAAAUCCACCCACGACCAAGACAUUGACAUAGACAUAGACAUUGAAAUAGAAAACGACUUGAGAAAAAUCAAUGAAUUGCUGAAUACAACACCCGCAAUUGAUGUCGAAUCCACACCCUAUCACCUAACACCACCACCACCACCACAAACACAAAGCGCAACCACGGAAUUUAUACAAAACGACGACGGAAAGCUUAAAGUACAAGCUGGCAAUUCUCCAAACAAUGGGCCCAGCAAAACCUCAAAUAGCAGUACAUUGACCAGCCUUCAUGACCCGGUUCAUGCGAGUCCCAGUUUAGAGUCAACAGACUGGAAGAACUACAUUCGUUCGGAAUCGCAGAAUUCGGUGCCAUCGUGGGCGUCUUCGAUAAGUUUGGACGACCAUAAGUCUGAUGAUCCGGCUAAAGAGUUUAUGCGGAAAUUUGCUGAUAUUAUGUUCACAAAUCCUUCGACUAUUGGAUUGGAACUUAAGUCAGAAUUUGGACAGAUUGCUAGACAGGAGGCAGGACGAUUAUGGUUUUGUCGUUAUGUGAUGGCACAGAAGCUGAAAUCGAAACGGGUGGAUGAGAUAACAUUUUAUUCGUUGGUUCAGAACUUUGCUAUAAUUUUGUUUGAGAGCACAGAAGCGGAGGAUUAUACGCCAGCGGCUAGCGUUAUGAAUAUGUGCUUUACAUUUUAUCAUGAAAUUGAAGUUCCUGGCUGUGAGCCUUACAGGGAAUACCUUUUUACUUAUCUAAGACAACAACCUAUCUGGCAUACACUACGCUUUUGGAAUGCUGCCUUUAAUGAUGCUAUACAAAGUAAACGCGAACAACGUAUGGCAGUUUCGCAGAAAAAACGUGGCAAAAAUAAUCCUAAUAAUCCGUGGAAAUCACUGUCUCGUGGACAGAGUGAAGGUGAAGAGGAACAUUCGGAUUCAUCUAGUUCGUCGUCGCAUCAUAGUUUUGCGGCUAGUGGAGUGAAUGAUUUGACAGAUAAUAAAAAAUUUCAACAACAUAUUGCCUUCCAACAAUUGGGAACGUUCACUUGUAACAUGCACUCGCUUGGUAUUAGCAAAGAUCUGUGUAUUGAAUUUCUAAUCAAACAAAAUAAUGCUCUUCGCCUACCUAAAGAUAAAGUGCAUCUAAUACGCGAUAAUAUCAACCGAAUGUACCAUGAAACCGAUUUAUGGGGUGCAAAAGAAUCAUGAAGGCUUUUCAAACAAAAAAUAAAAACUCAUCAGACCUUUUCUGUAUGCAUUUUUGAAUUUAAAAAAUGCAUUUGAAUCUAUAAACUUAAUCUAUAUUUAUAAGUCUUGACUUAAAACAAAAAUUAACAAAAAAAAAAUUCUUAUUCUUAAAUGUUAACAAACUAUUUUUCUCUCUCUUUUGUUCUUUAGAAAAAAAAAAAAAAUUAAAUAAAAUAAAAUAUUUGUUAGAAAAUAAACAAGAAACCAAUACAAUACCAACCACACUUUUUAAAAUCGAACAUUUCUCUCGGUACAAAUUGUGAUACGAUUUUGUUUUUGUGAUUUAAAAUUACAUUUAAGAUGAAAUUAAAAAAAAAAAAAAAAUAAAAAAUAUAUAUAAAUUUAAAUUUAAGUAGAUUAAGAAAAAAUAAAUAUGACAAAAAGAAAAAAAAAUGGAGAAAGAGAAAAGAAAAGAUAUAAAAGUGCAAAAUAAACCAAAACAUUUUACCUACAUAUUUUAAGUAUGAGCAAAGCAAGCAAGCAAGAAACUAUUUUUGAUGGAAUACAAGCUUUAUUUUUUAUAAAAACAAAUUUAAUAAAAAAAAAAUAACUUAAAUAUUUAAAUAAAAAAAAAAAAAAAUCCGUCAUAAAAUAACAUAAAAACAAUCAAAAAGAAUGAGUUGUGAAUAGGUACGAGGCUAUAAAGUUUAUAGAAAUAUUUACCGAGUAGGCAUUUGCAUUGCAUUUAGAUAGAAAUAUUUUUAUGAAAUAUUUAGAGAUGAAUGAUGGAAUGAUUAAAAUGUUUUAACCCCGCGAUUAUGGUUAGUGUCAAUACCCAAAUUUUCUCUGUUUUCUGGGCAUACAAACAUAUUUAAAAAAAUUAUUCAAAAUUUUAUUUUUUUUUUUUUUUUGUUAAAUGUAAAAAAUCGGCGCGAAUGUAAGCCCUAGUUCCGAAUAGAGCUUAAAAAGGCCUUUAUUUUAAUAUAUCAUUCGAUGGAUUUAGAGGAAAUUUUUGAAAAAGCCUAUUUUUUAGGCAAGGGGUUAGUUAACCUUGAUUUUUUUUUUUCGAA